UUUAAUUUAAUUAUAAUCAUAUGUAAUAAUUAACACAUUGUAAGGUAAACGUUAACGUUUGUGAUUAACAUAAUUUUGAGUUCAGUUAAUUAUAUCAUGUCUGGUAGUUAUCUCAUGUUAAGGUAAACAUAAAUGUUUGUGGAUAACAGGGCAACCUUGAUGUUUCUGGGUCGGUGUUCCAUAACGUACCAACUUAAGUGUAAUUAGCUUUCUUGGUCCUUCACUGUUUAGUUUGCCUUCAAAUCUAAAACACGUAUUAUUUGGAUUACCACUACAACACAGUUGUGCUAGCAUUGAACUAUUACAACCUGUUGUAGAAGAACAUUGAUUCCUCCAGAAAGUUUGUUGCCAUUCAUUUAUGGAUUCUGUGUUGUAGUCUACACUGCAUACAUUAACCAUAUCCACAUUCAUUAAUGUAGAAAUAGAAGCAUUUUUGUCUACAAUACUGACUGGGAGAGGAUCUAUUCAGUAGAAAAUGUAUCUGCAUUGUAUAUUUUCCACAAAUGUAAAUCCAUGGGAUUUAAGACAAGAAACUGAGUCAUAAUAGAGACUGACAUUUCUUAAUUUUUAAGAAUUCCUCAAGAAUUGAAAUGGAGGACAUAAAUGAGUUGGACACUUCUAACAUAACUGUUUUUAACAAUGUAGACACAAUUACACAGACAUUCAGUGGUGAGAAACCAUUAGCAAGUGAAACACUUAAUAAGAAAACAUCGGUAAGCAGAAAUAUUUACUGUGAAAUAUGUGGAAAAUCUUUUGCCUCGAACAGUAAUUUAACAAAGCACAAAAGAAUCCACACUGGAGAAAAGCCAUUUCAGUGUGAAAUAUGCGGGAAAGCCUUCACUCAAAAUUCUCAUCUUGUUGUUCAUAUACGUAGUCAUACAGGAGAAAAACCAUUCCGCUGUAAAAUAUGUGACAAAUCUUUUGUUUCUGACAGUGAUUUAACAAGACACAAAGUCAUACACUCUGGAGAAAAACCGUAUCACUGUCAAAUAUGUGGAAAAUCUUUCACCAAUAAUUCAAAUCUUGUUAUCCACAUACGUAGUCACACUGGAGAAAAACCCUUCUGCUGUGAAUUAUGUGGAAAAUCUUUUGUUUCCAAUAUUCAUUUAACAAGCCACAAAAGAAUACACACUGGAGAAAACCUCUGUUAUUGCAAAAUCUGUGGGAAAUCGUUCAUUAAUAAUUCAAAACUUGUUAUCCACAAAAGUAGUCACACUGGAGAAAAACCCUGUCAUUGUGAAAUAUGUGGUAAAUCAUUUGUCUCUAACAGUAAUUUAACAAGACACAAACUAAUACACACUGGAGAAAAAUCCUUCCACUGUGAAAUAUGUGGGAAGUCUUUUGUCUCCAACAUUAUUCUAACAAAGCACAAAAGAAUCCACACUGGAGAAAAACCAUUUCACUGUGAAACAUGUGGGAAAUCAUUCUCUGUCAAUUCCAGUCUUGUAGUUCACAACCGUAGUCACACUGGAGAGAAGCCUUUUCACUGUGAAAUAUGUGGGAAAUCUUUUGUUGAGAAUUCUAAACUGACCAUUCACAUACGUAGUCACACUGGAGAAAAACCAUAUCGCUGUGAAGUGUGUGGGAAAUCUUUUGUUAAUAAUAGUGAUCUAACAAAACACAAAAGAAUACACACUGGAGAGAAACCUUAUCAUUGUGAUAUAUGUGGGAAAUCUUUUAAGACUAACAGUCACUUAAAGGCACACAAACGAAUACACACUAGAAAGAAUUCUUUUAACUGUGAAAUGUGAGAAAUUCUUUGGUUACAAAUCUAAACUUGUAGUCCACCAACAUACACUCAUUGGAGAACAUUUAUCAUGGUGAAAUAUGAUGGAAAUCAAUGUCUUGGAAUUAUCAUUUUUCUAUCAGUGUACUCUCAUUUGAUAAUAACGCUUCCGCUAAAAUAUUUUGGAAAGCCUUUUUUCAUCAUCAUCAUCAUCGUCGUCGUUUAACGUCCGCUUUCCAUACUAGCAUGGGUUGGACGAUUUGACUGAUCAACAACACCUAGAUCAACAUCUGUAACCGGUGUGAAUUCCCAGCAAGGAUAAAAAGGAACUUCACCAUGCACAACAAUAGAAUGCUUACAUUUUACCAUCUUAUUGAGAUGCAUAAACAUGGACCUCAGACCCAUAGUCUCUGGUAUAGAGAGACCAUUCUACAAAAUCUCAUGGCUCCUAUCCAGAAUCCUGAAACCCCUACUGUCAACUUUCCCAGGUCAUGUCAACAGCUCAGACGAGGUCAUCCAACAACUGCUUUGUCUCAAACCUGACAUGCUCAGACACAACAGGUAUACUUUCAGUUUAGACCUGGUCUCCCUAUACACCUCGGUUCCCAUGAUUGACCCAAUCAGAGAAUGUAUUGCCUCCUUGAACCUAAACUGCUUCAGAUUUACCUCCUCUGACAUUCACCAGCUACUAUCAGUUAUAGUCACCAACACACUUUGAUUUCUUGGACAACACCUACAAAAAGUAUUCAGGCCUGCUUAUGGGGUCCAGCCUCUCAGGCCUGCUCACUAUUGCUUCUUUAGACUGGUUGGAGCAUAGGGCACAAAGCGUCUGCCAUGCAUAUACCUUUUUCAUCAGGUCUGUGGACAACAUUCUCAUGCUCGCCCCAUCCCAAAAAGAUGUCUCCACUAUACUGGAGAAGUUCAAUAAAAUGAACCAAUGUAUUAGCUUCACCAUUGAACACCUUAACAGUGAUGGUUUUCUCUUCUUGCUCGACUUUCAGCUAAACAUCAUGGACGAGGGGAAAAUUGACACAGUGUUCUACAGAAAAUAUACUUGCCAGGACCUCUUCAUCUGCUAUAAAUUGGCCCUCUCUAUCAUGGCCAAGAUGAACUAUGAACAUAACAAGAUCAACCAGAUAUGCAAAAGAUGCAGUGACCACACCAGCUGGGUUGCACAUGUUACUCAGUUCCUAAAGACACUUGGGGGCCAACUGAUAUCCUACAUCCAUUUCUAACUCCAUACCAGAAUACAGGCCAGCUAAAUGUCACAGGAAUCUCUCUAAAGCUUGUUUCCUGAAGAUUCCUCACUUCAAUGAGAAAACCACCUUGGCCAUCUACAAGGCUAUCUGCAGGGAAGGACUCAACAUUUGGUUGGCCCAUUCAGGACCGUCGCUAUGCAAACACCUAUUAAUGAAGUGGUCAUGUGCAGUACAACAGCCCUGCACACUAACAAACUGUCCCAUUCGCAACUCUAAUGUGCGCUUACAUAUGUGCGAAGUAUACCAAAUAUGAUGCUCCAAAUGUGACAACCACUACAUUGGUAGCACAACACAACCACUACAUGUCUGAAUUAAGGAGCAUCUCACCACCAUGUCCUCCUUCUGCAAGUAUCUGACCAGAUGUGGCAACACCACCAAGGAAAUAGAUGCCUCCAUUCUAGCCUCUGAGAAUAACACUGGCAAUCUCUCUAUAUAUGAAACUGAGAAUGUGUGUCUGUCUGUAUGUGUACUUCACUAAAACUCAAGAAUUACCCAUCCAAUUUUAUUCAAAUUUUACAUAUGUAUUACUCAGGGUCCAUGGAGUGUCAUGGGCUAAAAAAAUUUUCAACUUCCAACCUAAUGUGGGCCCGGAGCAAUCUCUUAGACUGGUUCGGUAUUACGUGUCAAAAGUGAAAAAAUAACAUCUAUAUUGUAAUGUGAUAUAAUAUUGUUUCAUUUUUAUUCUUUCACUUUUAAUAUUUGCAGCACGGAAGGUGUUUAUAAGCCA